ACAGAGAAAAAGGGGAGUGAAGUGAGAGAGAGAGAAGAGAAAGGGGAGAGGAGUGAGAGUGGAGGAUGGACGGCUCCCACCGCGCGAACGUGCUGGUCACCUCGUGUCUGAAGGCGCCGGUGGACCCGCACACUAAAGCCCCGCUGGCCCUGUACGAGAGAGAGAGGGCUGCUCGCCGGCUGGACAACGGAGACUGUGAGAAGGAGGUGGAGUAUGAUUCCGGCUCGGAGCUGGGAGCUGGUGAUGUUCCGGCCAAAGACAGCAGCCCCCUGCUGAUAAAGGACUACCGGGUUACAGGAGAUCACAUCGACCUGCGCGAGUUCUACUUCUCUAACGAGGAGUACUACCGCAAACUGGAGCAGCUGAAGAGGGAGCAUCUCCGCACCAUGGCCGAGCUGGAGCUCAUGUACCGUAAGAAACUCGAGCUGAAGGGCGUGGCACCACCGGACAGCUCCAACAGAGACCGUCUGCUGCACUGGGACGGGCCAAGCCUGUUGCUGCCAGGUAACUUGAGGAAGGCCCACUCCGCCCACGAGCUGGGAAGAGACUCCACCUUCUCAGACACAGAUGAGGAGGACCGGGCUGCUGACAACAAACGUGGCGACAGUGGCAACCUCAGCAUCGAGAAAGGCCUUCUCGUCUCGCCCAAAGAAUGCAUCAAGAACAUGUGGCAGGACUUCAGCGUGGACAGAUUGUCUCCACGGCAGCGGCACCCUUCAGCAACCUCGAUACAGAGCCGUGCAGAUGACCAUCGAGCUGCAGUGCGGAAUAAGGUCAAGGUAAGAGGUAAAAGGUUGAAGAAACGGAAGCAGGCAGGUGAGGAGGACGGCUGGCGUCCGCGGGUGACCGUGCCCAAACCUUUCCGCAUGACGCGGCGGGAGGCGGAGCGCAAACAGAAGGGCAUUAAAUCUCGCUCUCAGAUCGAGCAUGAGAACGCAGAACUUCGCCGGCAAUUGGAGGAGCUGACGGAGUGCCAACGGAAGUUUCGGGCCAGUCCAGUGCCGGCCCACGUGCGACUACCUCUGUACGAGGAACUGCAGGAGAAAGACGAGGAGCGGCGGUGCCACCUGCGGGCCAAUGAGCAGCAACGCCUUUGCUCUACCCAGAAACCUUUUAGCUUUCUGGAGCGGGAGCGCCUGAAGAAGGAGCAGAAGGAGGCGCAACUAAAAGAGCAGACGCUCUUGUCUGCCAAGGAGGAGGAGGACCGUAGGAGGCGCCCGUUUCGGGCCAAGCCCGUCCCCCGGGCAGUCAAGGAGGCGGCGUUAGGUGAGCAGCAGAAAGAGGAGCAGCUGUAUCGGUCCAUCAAGAUGCAGAUGCGGGCAAGAGAGUUGCUGCAGAGCGCUUCAAUGCCACCUAGCAUGCUAGCUAGGCGGCUUAGCGAACGACAGGCGCAGAAAGCUGCCACCCAGAGUGACCAGGAGGCCGAGACCAGCCACCGGCCCAAAAUAAACGGCCAGGUGCCUGACUUUGAUGCCAGAUACAGGCGCUUCCAGAAGCAGCUUGCUAGCAAACGAGAUGUGCGACCUGUAACGGCCUGUGAACCCUUCAAACUGCGCACCUUUAACAUCGCCUCACACAAGGAGCGCGUUAUCGCUGACAUCGAGACCGAGAGGAGGAGCCCCCGGACGUCCCGCUGGCCUUUCAUCACACCGGCUGCCCUGUCUCCCAGAACACCCUUGUCCUCCGUCUGCUCGUCCCUCUCUGGGAGCCAGGAGUGCCUGCCAGCCAAAAUUACAGAUGCAGCCAAGAAACGUCAGGAGGCUGUUAGGAAAGUUCUAGAGCAGAGGAAGAAGGCCGAGGAAGAGGAGGAGAGAUGGAGGGAGAGACAGAGGCAGAGGGAGAAGAAGCUGCAGAAGGUGAUAACGAAGCGUGCUCAGGCUAACGACCCACAUGUGACCCUGGCACAGACAUGCCAGUCCAAGCUCAAAGAGUUCAGGAAGCAGGAUCUGCAGAGACGCAGGGAAUACAGAGAGGAGAUGAAAGAAAUUCAGGAGAGAGUGAAAAGCAGACCGUUAUUACUGGAACAGGUAGCACAGAUGAAUGCUAAGAAGGCAGCAGAGAAGCGCUAUGCUGAAGCUUUGCGUGGCUGUGGUCUGAAUGAAGCCUUCAUCAGCAGUAAAGCUCCCAAAAACCUAAAACACACACAUGACUCCGCGCCAACCGCUCUGUCAGACAGAUACACUCCACCUGCUUACAGAGAGCACCAGGAGGCCGACCUGGCAGGUGUUGCUAGCGAUGAAGACUCUCUGCCCGGUGAUUAUCCCGCUGAUUAUGAAGACUACGAGCAAGACGUUGAGGGUGAACUGCUGGAUGGAGAGUACGAUGAAGAAGAAGAAAAAGAGGACAACGAGAGUGACCCUGACAAGGAGGGAGACGUCCAUCAUUAUGAGGAUGAUCUAGAUCAUUAUGAGGAUGAUCUAGAUCAUUAUGAGGAUGAUCUUGAUUUCGACUAUGCAGACGAUGAUCAGGACAACAGCGAUGAGGGGAGUGACAUCAGUCGCCAUAGCAACAACAGCAGGGAACGCGAAGAGGGAGGAAGAUGUCUUAGUUCUUCGAGGGACAGAGGGAGGAGAGAGGAUGGGAACAGUGGGCGAAACAGUCGGGCCUCCGCCAGCGGUGAGGAGAGAGCGGGGAAUGGACAGAGUGAUGAAGAGGAGGAUUGAGUUUUAUUUAAUGCUUCUUUAGCGCCCCCUGUGGAAAAGGAUGGGAUUUUUACUCAGUUUCAUUUGAUAGUGAAAGAAAGAAGAGACUUUUUAAAGAUGAAAGCCUCAGUGACACAUGAUGUUUGCAG